AUGUCGUCGCAGCAGCCACAACCACCACAGGAACCUGCCGAGCAGGCCAAUGCGGCCCAGCCUGCUGCCGGUGCCCAGCAAGCCGAAGAGGAGACGGGCGGCUACGCGCCUCUGGUCGACCCACGGCUGCCAACGCGCAAGGACACCUCGUUGAAGGAGUUCCUGGCCAAGAUUGACGACUAUGCGCCCAUCAUCCCCGAUGGCGUAACCAACUACUACAUGACCAAAGCCGGCCUGCCACCCCCACCGCAGACCGACCCGCGCCUCGCGAAGCUGCUCGCCCUGGCCACGCAAAAGUUCGUCGCCGACAUCGCCGCCGACGCCUACCAGUACAGCCGCAUCAGGGCGAGCAACUCGGCCGCCGCCAACAACCCGAUGGGCAACCUGGGCGCCGCGGCCGGCUACCCCAUCCCCGGCCAGCCGGGCGCCCCUGGGGCUGCCGGCGGUGCGGGUGGUGCCAAGGGCGGGCAGGCUGCCGCCGCGGGCCAGGCGCUGCUGGGGAUCCAGCGGCCUGGUUUCGGGGGUGGUGGACAGGGCGGUAGCCAGAACAGGACGGUCCUUACUAUGGAGGAUCUGGGCAUGGCGGUUGGGGAGUACGGGGUCAAUGUCAAGAGGAGCGAGUUUUACCGAUGA